AUGACAAGAGAAAAUAUUCAGGGAGCUUUUCGAGGCGCAGGACUUAUUCCAUUUGAUCCAAAAAGCGUCUUAUUGCGCCUAGAUGUAAGGCUACGGACUCCGACGCCAGUUGAAGAGGCACUAGAGCUACCAAACGCGUGGGUUCCAAAGACCCCAAACAAUCCAACCGAGGCAACUUCGCAGACUGACUAUAUUAAAAGACGAAUUAGUCGCCAUCAGGGAAGCUCACCAACAUCAAUUUUGGUCGCUGUAGACCAGAUUACUAAGGGAACAUGCAGUAUUAUGCACAAGAUGGCUCUCUUAAAGGCGGAGGUUAACCAACUUCGAGAGGCAAAUGCACUACUAAGCAAGCGGCGUAGAGCUAAAAAAACACGAUUACGUCAAGGCGGUAGCAUGACUAUUGCCGAGGGACAAGCUCUUCAAGACCAGAAUAAUGUGGAAGAGCAGAUAAAGCAGGAAGAUCGCCAGACUAAAGGUCGUAAGCCCCGUGAUGAGACGAAGGGUCGGCGGUGUGGUGUGUGCGGCAACACCGGUCAUAACGCGCGAACUUGUCAGAUUGAUGUGGAAACAUCUAAUGAAGAAGAUAGCAGUGAAGAUUAA